CGGGCGGAUCGGAGCGAGGUGAUACUGACCGAAUCCUAACGGAGCCUCAGACCGGGGCAGACCGCGGCCAGUUCGGGGCGAGCUGGCUCCUACUGUCCUCAAGAACCAGCGGAAACCGGAUCUGACAGCUGCUGGCUCUGCCACACCGGCUAGGAGUCGACGGUCCGGGGCUGAACUCCGGGACGGAGUCGGCCUCUUUCCCCCCGGAGCUCCGCAGUACCUCGCGGGGGUUUGUGCUCCUUCGGCCGGCUUUGCUCGCGCUCUGCCUCCGCUGGAUGUGCUAGCAUGACCGCAUGAAGGCGGCUUUUGGGAACCUGCUGGAGCGGAGACCGACCUUCUGGAUCGGAAACAGUGUUAUCUUGAUCUUCUUUCUAUUUCCCGAGGUUUUCCCUGUGAUUCCACAUGGAUUUUUGAACGUUUUCCCGACCUCCUUGGAUUAGCAUAUGGAUAUUCUGCGCUGAGGACACAAGUCGAAGGAACAACCUUGAGAUUUUCAGGCUGGAUUUUUUCCUGAAGUCUUUUCGUCACCGCUCAUCAGUUUUCUCAUGCUGGGAUUUACAUUAGUGAAUCUGAUGAAAGGAUGCUGCAGGGAGCUGAAGACGGACUGAGCCCCACCUGAGCCCCUGACCCGACCCGACCGCCGCCGUCCCAUCAUGCACCUGCUGUGCCGCGGGCGCCUCAAGCUGCUGGUGGCGUCUCUGACCGCCGUCGUCCUGCUCACCUGGCUCUACCUGCUGGCAGGAAACCUGGACAAUGGCCGCUCCCUCCUCUUGGCGCCCUGCUUGCCCGACACGCCCGCCGCACAGGUUCUGGAGCGAGCCGUCCUGGAGUCCCGGGUCCGAGAGGUGGAGGAGGAGAACCGGCAGAUCAAGCUGCAGCUCAGCCAGUCGCAAGGCGCCGCCCAGCUCUCUGACGGUAACUACGGCAACCAGCAGUGGGGCGCGUCGGCGGACACGGUGCCGGAGGACGGCGACAACACGGCGGAGGAGAAGAGCAACCACACAGACUGCUCCCGAUCGCCGCUGGUCCAGAAGUGUGAGCUGAUCCACGUAGCGUGUGUUUGUGCCGGUCACAACGCCAGCAGAGACGUGGUCACUCUGGUCAAGUCCGUCCUCUUUCACAGGAGGAAUCCUCUCCACUUCCAUUUCAUCACCGACUCGGUGGCCAGUCGGAUCCUCGGCUCCCUGUUCCGGUCCUGGAUGGUUCCGUCCGUUCAAGUCAGCUUCUACGACGCUGAGGAGCUCAAGUCCGAAGUCUCCUGGAUCCCCAACAAGCAUUACUCAGGUAUUUACGGCUUGAUGAAGCUGACGCUAACCAAAGCUUUACCGCCCGACCUGGCGAAGGUCAUCGUCCUGGACACCGACAUCACCUUCGCCACCGACAUCGCCGAGCUGUGGGGCAUCUUCAAGAAGUUCACCGACAAGCAGGUGAUCGGUCUGGUGGAGAACCAGAGCGACUGGUACCUGGGCAACCUGUGGAAGAACCACAAGCCGUGGCCGGCGCUGGGGCGGGGCUUCAACACGGGCGUCAUCCUGCUCUACCUGGAGCGGCUCCGGAGAAUCAGCUGGGAACAGAUGUGGCGCCUGACGGCAGAGCGGGAGCUGAUGAGCAUGCUCAGUACGUCGCUGGCGGACCAGGACAUCUUCAACGCCUUCAUCAAGCAGAACCCGGUCCUGGUCCACCAGCUGCCCUGCUUCUGGAACGUCCAGCUGUCGGAUCACACUCGCUCUGAGCAAUGCUACACCGAGGUGUCCGACCUCAAGGUGAUCCACUGGAACUCUCCGAAGAAACUCAGAGUGAAGAACAAACAUGUGGAGUUUUUCAGGAACCUCUACCUGACCUUCCUGGAGUACGACGGCAACCUGCUGCGGAGGGAGCUGUUCGGCUGCCCGAGCCAGGCCAGUCCGGAGAGCGUCCGGCUGCAGGCGGCGCUGGAGGAGCUGGACGAAGACGAUCAGUGCUACGACUUCCGGCGUGAGCGGCUGACGGUGCACCGGGUCCACCUGUACUUCCUGCAGUACGACUACACGCCGGCGGAGGACGACACGGACGUCACGCUGGUGGCUCAGCUCUCCAUGGACAGGCUGCAGAUGCUGGAGGCCAUCUGUAAGCACUGGGAGGGCCCCAUCAGCCUGGCGCUCUACAUGUCCGACGCCGAGGCGCAGCAGUUCCUGCGCUACGCUCAGGCCUCCGAGGUCCUCAAGAACCGCAAGAACGUCGGCUACCACAUCGUCUACAAGGAAGGCCAGUUCUACCCGGUCAACCUGGUGAGGAACGUGGCCCUGAAGAACGCCAACACGCCAUACGUGUUUCUGACGGACGUGGACUUCCUKCCGAUGUACGGUCUCUACGACUACCUCAGGAAGUCGAUCGUCCAGCUGGACGUGGCUCACACCAAGAAGGCUCUGGUGGUCCCGGCCUUCGAGACGCUGCGCUACCGUCUCUCCUUCCCCAAAUCCAAAGCCGAGCUCCUCUCCAUGCUGGACAUGGGGACUCUCUACACCUUCAGGUACCACGUGUGGCCGAAGGGUCACGCUCCCACCAACUAUGCUAAAUGGCGAACGGCGACGACGCCCUACAAGGUGGAGUGGGAGUCGGACUUCGAGCCGUACGUGGUGGUGAGGCGGGACUGCCCCGAGUACGACCAGCGCUUCGUGGGCUUCGGCUGGAACAAGGUGUCCCACAUCAUGGAGCUGGACGCUCAGGAGUUYGACCUCMUGGUCCUUCCCAACGCCUUCAUGAUCCACAUGCCGCACGCUCCCAGCUUCGACAUCUCCAAGUUUCGCUCCAGCUCCAGCUACCGCAACUGUCUGAACACGCUGAAGGACGAGUUCCACCAGGAUCUGUCCAGGAAGUACGGCGCCGCCGCCCUCAAGUACCUGACGGCCCAGAGGAACAUGUGAGCUCCAGACGGAGCGCUGAGGCCCGGAGCGCGCCGGCGCCGGCGGCCCGACGYGGCGGGUGGCGCGUCUGGUGGAACCGUGAAGCUUUAUGGGCCGGCACCGGCGGCGGCGGCGAAGGCCCGGAAGCAGGAAAACAGGAACCAUAGCGGUUUUCACUUUGUUCUGACAAUCAGGGCUUUUCCCACUGGGAACCGGUCCGGACCCGGCGCUCCGGGUCGGGGGGAAACCAGGCGAACUGGAGAACGAUUCAAGCCUUAUCAACUCCAUGACAUUUACAAAGAUAUUUAAUAACACGUUUUUGUUUUUUAAGGCAUAAAUCUGAACCAAUGAUAGCGAAA